GUGAAUUACAUUUUUCACGGUAAGUUUCCUUUAAAAGCUUAUUAACGCGAAUUAAAAUUUGAACGAAAUUUCAUUGCGGGCAACAUCACAUCAGCGCGCAGUCGCUUUCAGCUUCGCAGAUGAUAAUGGAGCAGAGUAGCGCAUGCGCCCUAAGCACGCGUUCUUGACAGAAGCGGCUCCUGUCAUGGCGGCUUCUGCACGGCUCCAUGUUCAUCUCCUCUCACCGCCCGGCAGACGAGGCUGUUGAAAAAAAAAGGGAUGACGCAGCCAUGGACCUGAGAGAGCAUGCCCAAUAGUGUCCCGAUCUCUUUACCAGCGACACCCCCUUCGCCCUUACCCCAUUCGCGGCUGGCACGCUCUCACAAUCGUAGGUUCCACGUUCGCUUCCCGGGAGUCGACUCCGAGGAGCAUCUCCUUAACUAUUACUCAUGCGCUCUCGUUGCCGAUAUUUUGUUACAAGGACAUCUAUACAUCACAGAAAACUACUUCGCCUUUUAUUCGAAUAUUUUUGGAAGGAAAACACAGAUUCUACUUCCAGUGAGUGACGUCAUCAAAGUGACAAAGGAGAGAACAGCAAAAAUCAUUCCAAACGCUGUGGGUCUAUACACAGUUGAAGGAAAGUACGUCUUUGGAUCUUUGCUCUCUAGGAAUACUACUUACAGGCUGAUGCACCAUGUCUGGCUCAAAUCAGCAGAUCCGGACACCACAGAAGACGAGCCGUCUCUCAGCGAAGCUUCUGAACCAGGAACAUCAGACGAGGCUCUCCCCAUCUCCUCCACCCCUCUGGUCCGGCCGGAGGACUUGCCUGUCCGGCGCCUGUCGCGUCGAAAGUCGGACCUCUUUCCCCGCAUUUCGGCCAAAGCUGCGGCCCGCCGCCAGUGCGCAGCUGCUUCAACGGCUCUCGUGGACCAGAUAACGCUCAAAUGCCACUGGGACUGCAGUAAGGGCAGAGGUGGGUCUCCUUCAUUAACAGCCGCGUCAAUUACGUCUUUCCUGGCAGUUGGCCUAUUCCAGUUGAGUGUGCUUCAUUUCCUCCUUUCUCUCGUUCGUGGACGAAAAGUGCAGUUAAAGAAUAUAUUCGAAUUCAUUUCUUAAUUUAAAGAAUUUUAUAAUUCUCCAGUUCAGUCAUGUUUGCUUGCAUGGCUGUGGUUACGAACGCAGCCUUGAUAACGGAGUUUCUUUAACGUCAUUUCAGCGUUUCUCUAACGUCAUUUAGCUGCAAACACCUUAAAUAAGCGAAAAAUUUGGAUAGACACCUGCAGGAAAAGAAAACUUGUCAAGGACAUAUAAGAGUAGAAUUAAAUUAUUAUUAUCUACAUUCCACAUAGUAUGAAUAUUUUUAAUGAUUCCAGCUAUUUUUGAAGAAAUUAAAAUCUUUUAAAUUCAACUUUUAAUUGUUUAAUAUUAGGAAUUCACAUCUUUGGCACUCGGAAUUUACAUCUUUGGCACUCGGAAUUUACAUCUUUGGCACUCAAAACUGGUGCAAAAAAUUUAUAUUAAGAAAUAUUUAGAAUGAUUCACAUAGAACUUCUUGCUCUUUAUUUUAAAAGUUUAGUAUUAAACUGGAAUGUCAUCACAAUGAUUAGAUUACUUGAAUCAAAGGACAGGAGAACUGUAUGCCUAAGGGAGGGACGACUUCGUGGAGAAUUUUCGAAAGGAAACUAGAUUGUGUUUAUGUUACGCGUGAGAAAAAGAAGAAAAAUACCAUUGUAGCCAGCCCGUUGGCUCGAGUUAUCAUCAUAAUCGCUCUACUGCAUUAAGUUCCCGACACCAUUUUUUUGUUGUUCUUUAAUCGAUUAUGGUGAAAUAUGUGAUGAGUAUCUGCCUAAAGAGGAGAUGCCUUCGUGAAGAACAUUUUGUGGGAAACUCGCAAGUGUUCGUUCUUGUGAUGACAUUGUUUUGACGAAAAUACAGAGUGCACAUCAAGGCGAUAUUCCUCAUAAGCGCAUUUUGCAAUCAAAGUGGGCAUCUAUAUUGCCAUUAAAAAGUAUAACAUUUUUUAAGUGAAUACAUAUUGUUUUUAAAGGGCUUGCUUUGUUACAUUGACAUGCAAUGUACUGUUGCAAAGGAAGCCAUUUAAAAAUAAUUGUUGUUUUGAAGCUAAGUGAAAGCUCUUAUGCUAGUGAAUUGACAAAAGCAGUUGUUUUUAAUGUCACUUUUUCAAACCUUAUUUAUUUCUUCGCUUGCAUCACCUUCAAUUAAAUAUAAGAAAAUUACAAUAAAGCAGAUAUUCUAAAUCCAGUUUCGAAACUUCUGUAAUGGUUCACCUUGUUCCUGGCACCCAUUUUGAAUACUUUAAACAAAUCGAAAUCAGUUACGAUUGGGAAAAUUCAACGACUUUAAUUUUAAUUUAAGCAAAAAAAAAAAAAAAAAAAAA